GGCAGCACUAAGAUGUGUUUACAGUUAACCGAUUGUUGGCGUCACUUUUUGAUUUUGUAUUUUGUAAUUAAAAAUAAGACUAUAAGAGCAACAUAAAUAUAUGUAAACGUUGAAAUGGAUGAACAAGCGAAGAUAACAAAGUUAGCAAUAUUAGAGACGACCAGUAAACACUUCGAUCAGCUGCACAUCAAAUGGUCGCAUAUGUUUGACACAGACUAUUGCCUGGAAUUGAUGCACAAGUUGGAGGAGCGCGUGCGCCACUUUUACAUAGACUUAUUGACAGAAUCAGAUGAGAAGGAGAGGUCGAUCAGGGAUGGGAUUAGUGCACUGCGCGAGGAGGCCUCAGAGGUGCGACGUCUGCUGCACAAGAGUGUGGAUAUUGGAGAGAUGCCAGAGGACAUGCCACUGACUGUUUGGCAACAGAGGCUGGACGAGAGUAUCGAGCAUCUGCGUGAGGAGCUGCGUGAGCGUCGUGCUGAGAUCUGUGAGUUGCUGCUGCAGCAGGAGGAGUUGUGUGAGGAGCUGGGUGAGUUGCCGCUGCCUCUGUUGGCGGAUCCGCUGCCCAAGCCGCAGGAGAUGCUUGUUUUUUCGGAACACCUGACGCGAUUGCGGGCAGAGCGGACCCGUCGGCUGGAGGAGCUGUUCCAGUUGCGCAGUCAGAUCAAGCAGGACAUGAAGGUGCUGGAGUUGACACCUCAGACAGCUGCAGACGAGCAGUUGCUGAGUCAGGCGAAUCAGUCUCUGACUCCGGAUAUCUUCAAGAGUCUGCGUUGCAUGCAACAGAGGUUUGCGGCCCAGGUUGUGGAGCUGCACGAACGCGUUGACGAUAUGAGGCAGAAGAUUCAUGUGCUGUGGGAGCGUCUUCAGGAGACGGAUGAGUUUGCCAUGCGGCGCGUGCGUGAAGCUACAAAGUAUACGCAGCGGACUUACGAUGUGCUCAAUGAGGAGCUGCAGCGGUGUCAGCAGCUGCGUAGCCAGAACCUCAAGACGUUCAUUGAGCAGCUGCGGCUGGAGAUCAGGAAGUGGUGGGACUUGACACUCAAGUCACAGCAGGAGCGCAAGCGGUUCUCCAACUAUUACGACGACUGGUACAACGAGGAUCUGUUGGAGUUGCACGAACUGGAGCUGGAUGAUCUGAAGAGUUUCUACAGUGAGAACAGGGAGAUAUUCGAGUUGUUCGCAAGUCGCGCUGAGUUCUGGGCACGCAUGGAGGCCUUGGAGGCGAAGGCCAACGAACCCAAUCGAUUCAACAAUCGCGGUGGGCAGCUACUGAAGGAGGAACGCGAGAGGAAGGCGAUCGGGAGCAAGCUGCCAAAGAUUGAGCGACAGAUCACGGAGUUGGUGCAAGCGUAUGAGUUGCGCACUGGGUCGCCAUUCCUGGUUCAUGGCGAGAACAUCUUGGAGCACAUGGCCAGUGAAUGGGUGCGUCUGCAUCAGGCCAAGGAGCAGCAGAGCUCUGUCCGCAAGCAUGCAGUAACGACUCCUUCCGGCAACGGCAAGGGCAAGAUGUUGCCACCGGCUGCUCCUGGUUCAACUGCUCCCCGUACGCCCUUGUCGCAAAGAAACGUAUCCGCCAUGUCGGCUUCAACGAUGUCGUUGCGGAGAACUCCGUCCAAUUGGAAACUGACUUCCAUGACAAAGUCAGCGGCGAAGAGCACGGGAAAUCUUCACAAGAGGAAGCUACAAAAUGGAGACGUUCAUAAGCCAGAGACUCCGCAUGCCAAGCGCAAUCUGAUGAAGACGCUGACUGCCAUGAAAGGGUCUCCAGCCGUGCGAAAGCCGAGUCAACGCCUUCAGCCCGUCCAGCCCAAGGCGGGAAAGUCUCCGAUGAAGAAGGUGCGUGUGCUGGAGGACACAAUGCGUCGCAGCUCAGGUGUGGGAAGACGCAGCAUGGGUCACCACUCGGCCAAGAAGGCGCACACCAAGGCACAUCAGGUACCUGAGAUUCGAAUUAGGGGACCAUCGGAUGAGGACGAGGAGAAUGAUGGCUUCGAAACCGAUGAGAAUGUCAAGGAUGACACAUACGAUUCCUUCGAGAAAUCCAUUGAACCUGCUGCGCGCUCUUCCAUUUUACCACUGAAAAUGGGAUCGUCCAUCCGUCCAUUAAAACUAAGAAAGCAUUUAUAGAUUAUAAGAUAAUCAUUUUACUGAAAGUACUUAUUUUUCUGUUUAAUUAAGAGUAUUAUUUAGCUGUGGUGUUAAUUGUAAUUCAAAGCAGUAUAUGUAAAUACAUUUUCAUAUUUUUUUUUUA